CGCCUGGAGUCGCGUUCCCAGCUCACGUGGUGGCGGCAGCGCCUCCUAGCAUUGGCGGGCGCGCGAGGCCAUGGCGGCGGCCGGGGAGCCCCCUCCAUGCUCCGUGUACUUCUGCGGGAGCAUCCGCGGCGGACGCGAGGACCAAGCACUGUAUGCGCGGAUCGUAUCGCGGCUGCGGCGCUUUGGGAAGGUGCUCACUGAGCACGUGGCUGAUGCCGAAUUGGACCCGCAUGGGGAAGAGGCUGCUAGGGGCGACCAGCUCAUCCAUGAGCGGGACCUGGCCUGGCUGCGGCAGGCAGAUGUGGUCGUAGCCGAAGUGACACAGCCAUCUCUGGGUGUUGGCUAUGAACUGGGCCGGGCAGUGGCUCUUGGUAAACAAAUUCUAUGCCUGUUCCGACCACAGUCUGGCCGAGUGCUUUCCGCCAUGAUCCGGGGAGCAGCAGAUGGCUUGAGGUUCCAGGUAUGGGACUACAUGGAGGAGGAGGAGCUGGAGAGCAGGCUUGACCAGUACUUUGAGGCGUAUCUCCCUCAGGGGACAGCUACCUUCAGUAACUCAAGUGCCUGACUUAACUCUACUUUA